AGUACUACAGAAAGAGAGUUACAGGCACGACACCGGCCCACCUCGUCCGCUCGUCAACGUUCCUUCGUACGCCACCUUACGCCCCUCCUGCUCUCCGCCUCGCCUUCGCGCGCCUCCGGUCAGCUGCCGACAGCGUCCCGACGACAAACUCGACAGCGACCGUACGUAAAAGGAGGUUGUGGUACGGUACCGGCGCCAUGGCCGACCACCGGCAACUUAGCGCCGCCGACGUCGACCUCUACGGCGUCCUGGGGCUCAAGAAGGAGUGCUCCGACGCCGACCUCAGGCUCGCCUACCGGAGGCUCGCCAUGACAUGGCAUCCGGACCGGUGCUCGGCGUCCGGCACCUCGGCGCGCGUCCAGGAGGCCAAGGAGCGCUUCCAGGAGAUCCAGAGCGCAUAUGUCACGUUGCUCUCCGACUCCGGCAAGCGGCUCCUCUACGACGUGGGCGUCUACGACAGCGACAACGACAGCCACGACGAGCAACAUGUGUCGGGGAUGGGCGACUUCUUCGGGGAGAUGGCCGAGAUGAUGAGCCAGGCCACGCCAACCGAUAGCUUCGAGGAGCUGCAGCAGCUGUUCGUGGACAUGUUCCAGGCCGACCUCCUCGCCGGCGGGUUCGCGUGCGGGUUGGGCGGUGCGCCUCCUAUGGGCCGCCGGGUGCAGGCCCCGAGUCCAUCCUGUACCUCUGGACCUACGUUUGCGCAGGCACGGCCAUCAUGUACCAGCCGUGCCAACAAGCGGUGUUCAUCGGCGAUGGGAUCGCCAGGGGCCUGUCGUCCAGGGUCCGGCCCCGGCCUUUCAGUGUCAAGCUCCAAGGGAAGUGAUUGGAGGCGAGGAGAGGAGGCGCCGUGGACGACGACGCAGGAUGACGCGAGCGUCGGCGGCAGGACGAAGAAAAAGAGGCUCUCGACGGGCCACGGCGAGUCGUGCUAGGAGGAAGACGGAGAUGUCGGCGCGCCCGCGGCAGCGUUGAUGUGCGCCACGCCGUGAGCAAACCUUCCGUGACGGGGGAUAAUGCGUUGCAGCUAGAAAUCUCUGCGGAUCUGACUCACAGUCAGCAAGUUUUGGAAGACGAUGCGCAAACUUUUCAAUUAGUUUCUUCGUUUAUUCUCUUGAUCGAUUCUCUUGCGUAGCACUUGUAGCUAAGUUAUAAUGUUAUUAGUACCACUUUUGUUUGUUGUGGCCGGCAUGAGUUUUGCACAAUUUUUAAGCAUGAGUUUUGCACAA